AUGCCUGGACAAGUAAACCACCAAGUAAACAUAUCCCGUAAAACAUUCCACACCAUCUAUGAGAUAUCAAAGCUCCUGAACACAAACCUCGACCAGACAACCCUGAGUAUCUGCAUCAGACUCUGCGAGAACGGAGUGAACCCUCAGGCACUUGCAAAGGUCGUAAAAGAAAUCCAGAAAGAAGUCAAGGCUCUUGAGAAUAAUGACAUAGAAUCCACAAAAGCUCUCAAUAAAUAA